AGUGUUCAAUCCACAAAAAUGCUGACAUCAAAUAUGGAACACACGUUUAUAUUCUUCACGGUUUUAUUGUAUGGUGUGUCAGCAUUUUAUGGAGCUGACAAAGAAAGUUUUUUGGCACGAGACAUAUUAAGGGAUUUGGUGAGCAGGAUGGGAAAAGAAGAUUUAUUCGAUCAGUCUCAAGUUUUUCUCGAUUACCAACCGGUUGAAAGUCGAUAUAGUCCGAUGACGGAUACUCGAUCACUUGCGAAGGCUUUGGACGAAGAAGAGGAAGAACAAUUGUUUCCUUUAGAUUACGAUAGUUUCGGGAGUGACAUCAACAUCAAUCCUAGUUUACGUGAUCAGGAAUUUUUGGAGCAUAGUACAUUAUGGGGUAGUCAAUUAAUGUCUGGUGGAGCAGGAGAAGGGAAACAACGUUUAAAACCGGAUGCCAUUUACAAAAAUCACAUGGAGGUGAAAAGUGACACAACUUUGCCGGCAUACUGCAAUCCACCCAAUCCAUGUCCUUUAGAAUAUACAUCAGAACAAGGAUGUUUAGAAGAAUUUGAAAACACAGCUUCAUUCAGUAGGCGUUAUCAAGCUUCUCAAAAUUGUAUGUGUGAUAGCGAACAUAUGUUUUAUUGUCCUGAUAUGGUUUCAAGAGAAAACAACUUGGAGACUGCAAUGGAUGAUUUAAACAAUUUAGAUUUCAAUAAUUUUCUUCGCCAGGUUGAUCCUAUGUUUCAACAUAAAAAUUUAGCUGCUAAGAAAUUUCACGCGAAGAAGAGUUAUCGUGAAAAUCCAUUUUUAACCGGUGAAAAAUUACCGGUUGCUGCUAAAAAAGGAAAUAACGUAAUCUUUUAAAUUUAUUUUAAAACCUAUCCUAAACAUUCUAUCUAACACGUAUUUAGAUUACGAAAUAAAAAAAGUAAUUGAAAUGAAAUAAAUGUCAUUAAAAUUUAA